AAAUCCCCAGAAAGCCCUCGAUAGCGACAAACGGACAAAGGGUAUCAUAUCGGGCAGUCCAUCAACCAUUCACUCACCUGCCCGGAAUUCGAUUCUUUCCCAUUCGUCCCCCAUUCCCUGCCCGCAAAUCUCGGGCAGUCUUCUCUCGAACAGGCUUCCUUCAACUGCAACACGACAGUGGGAUAUCGACCUAUACGUACAGACUAUCAUGUAUCUAUAUGUUAUAUUUAUAUAGAUUUUUGUAUCUAUAUAUAUGAACAGCUCGCCAAUCAUACAUUCCCUGUGAAAAUUGACAUCACUAGACGAAUUUUUUGGAGCUUCUGUUUGGUGUAGGGAGACAUGUGGAGGAAGACGGUGGCUCGAUCGGCAGCGGUGGUGGAAAACCUCCGAAAGUCACGGAGUUUUUCUAUCGCGGCGUCGACGUCUUCGAUUCCUGGUCCUUGCAUUGUUCAUAAGCGUGGAGCUGAUAUUCUUCAUGAUCCUUGGUUUAACAAGGAUACUGGAUUUCCUUUAACAGAAAGAGACCGACUUGGGCUUCGUGGUCUCCUCCCACCUCGUGUCAUAUCUUUUGAACAACAAUAUGAUCGUUUCAUGGAGUCAUAUCGAUCAUUGGAAAAGAAUACAGAAGGUCAACCAGAUAGUGUUGUAUCCUUGGCAAAAUGGAGAAUCUUGAAUAGACUACAUGACAGGAAUGAGACAUUAUACUACAAGGUACUGAUUGAUAACAUCAAAGAUUUUGCUCCAGUGAUAUACACUCCCACAGUAGGUUUGGUAUGCCAAAACUAUUCAGGAUUGUUUAGGCGUCCACGUGGCAUGUACUUUAGUGCCAAAGAUAGAGGAGAGAUGAUGUCAAUGAUUUAUAACUGGCCAGCUCAAGAGGUGGACAUGGUAGUGCUGACAGAUGGCAGUCGUAUACUUGGCUUAGGUGAUCUUGGAGUUCAGGGAAUUGGUAUUCCAAUUGGGAAACUUGAUAUGUAUGUUGCUGCUGCUGGUAUUAAUCCACAAAGGGUCCUCCCUAUUAUGCUUGAUGUUGGAACCAACAAUCAAAAGCUGCUAGAAGAUCCUCUUUAUUUAGGGCUACGAGAACAAAGGUUGGAAGGAGAAGAAUAUAUUUCAAUAGUGGAUGAGUUAAUGGAAGCUCUUCAUGCACGUUGGCCAAAAGCUGUUAUCCAGUUUGAAGAUUUUCAAUUCAAGUGGGCUUUUGAAACUCUUCAAAGAUACCGAAAGAAGUUCUGCAUGUUCAAUGAUGACAUACAGGGAACUGCUGGUGUUGCAUUAGCUGGAUUACUUGGAACUGUUAGAGCACAAAGUCGACCGUUGUCAGAUUUUGUUGACCAAAAGAUUGUGGUUGUUGGAGCUGGAAGUGCAGGGCUUGGUGUUCUUAAAAUGGCAUAUGAAGCUGUGGGAAGAAUGUCAGGAACAACACCAAACCCUCAGUUUUUCUUAAUUGAUAAAGAUGGUUUGAUCACAAAAGAGAGAAGUGGUGUUGACCCAGCAGCUUCACCAUUUGCAAAAUCCAUUGGAGAGGUUCAAAGUAUUGGACUCCAGGAGGGAUCUGAUCUCCUUCAAGUGGUCAAAAAGGUCAAACCUCAUGUCCUUGUUGGUUUAUCUGGAGUUGGAGGUAUUUUCAAUGAGCAGGUGCUAAAAGCCAUGCGAGAUUCUGACUCCCCAAGACCUGCUAUUUUCGCCAUGUCAAAUCCCACGAAUAAUGCUGAAUGCACUGCUGCUGAUGCAUUUAAAUACGCUGGUGACAACAUAGUUUUUGGAAGUGGGAGUCCUUUUCAGAAUGUUGUUCUUGGAAACGGGAAAUCUGGCCAUGUAAAUCAAGCAAAUAACAUGUACCUCUUCCCCGGGAUUGGUUUGGGAGCUCUGGUUUCUGGUGCUCAUCUUAUAACAGAUGGAAUGAUGCAUGCAGCAUCUACAUGUCUUGCCUCGUAUAUUACAGAUGAAGAAAUCCAGCAGGGAAUACUGUAUCCAUCUAUCAAUAGUAUUCGGAAGAUAACUGCUGAAGUAGGAGCUGCUGUGCUUCGGGCAGCGGUCAGUGAAGAUCUAGCGGAAGGGCGAGGUGAAGUGGGACCCAAAGAGCUCGCACACAUGUCAAAAGAAGAAUCUGUGGAAUAUGUAAAGCGUAACAUGUGGUAUCCGGUUUACAGUCCACUUGUUCAUGAGAAAUAAUAUGGGUGUGCAGAUGGUGACUCAUAAACUUUAUUAUUUAGUUAACAUUCAUUGCAUUAAAAGAGGGUUAUGAUUAGAGGCUAUAAAUACAAGGCCCGUGCCUGUUUUUGAUUUUGAUUAAGUAACCGAUACAAAUUUUGAUUCUUGAUGAGCCUUUUGUGGCCAUCCAUGUAGAAUGACACCUUAUUGUUUUCAUUAUCAACUUUGUUUAUGUUUCUCUCUUA